GGCGCCGACACCGCCGAGGGGCGCCUGGCGGUGCGCGUGGAAAUCGUGGAGGUGGAGGGCCUCGCAGGCGCCCCGGGGCCCCUCCGCGGCGCGCUGACCGUCUGCGGGCACCCCGUCUACGUCGGCGAGGGGCCGCUCACCGACGGGGCG